AUGGCAAAGCUCGGGAUACAGGCGGGAGCCGCUAUUCUGCGCUCAAGACGGAGCAACCCGUUGACCAGCCAGGUUCUUGAUUCCUCGCCCAGCCACCUGAUAGCCCUGUCUUCUCGUGUAUCCAUCCUCGACGCUACUGCAAUGCAUCCGGUCCCUGACAGCAAGCCGGUCACGCCACAACACUUGGCCCGGCCAAGGUCACUACAUCCGGCAUGGUCCAAGGUCAACGCAUUGUAUAACGCGUUGUAUAUAGAACCUGACGCUGCGGCCGGCGCUCCGGAGCGCCCUGGUGCCAAGACGUCAAAAGAGGGCCAAGAUGUCAAAGAGGACGCCAACUGGUUAUACUCGUGCUCUGGCCUUUGCUCUGUGUGCUUCUUGUUCAGUACAAUCCGAUGUUGA